UUUAAAAUUAUUUCUAUAUAACCUGAUAAUAUCAUUGUGAUCUAAUUCUGUGUAAUAAUAAGUGAAAAUCUUACAUCUUGACACAGUAAGUUCAUCCUUGCAAAAACCUAAAAAAUGUCACCCAGAUUUUAUUUAAAAGACUGUUAACUUAUUUAUUUCUAAGCUUCUCUGAGACUCUUUAUUAUUAAGUAUCGUCUUCUACUCACUGCAGCAGAUAAUCUGCUUCUCACCCUAUUCCUAGCACCUUCCUCCUUCACUUCAUCCAAUGAUUUUUUUCUGUGGUCUUCCUCUUUUCCUCUUUCAUAGCAGCUUCAUAUUAAACAUGCUUCAUCCAACAUAUCCAUUAUCCGUCUUUUGCACAUGCCCAAACCAUCUCAGCCUUUCCUCUACAACUUUGUCUCUUACAGCUCAACCUGAUAUAUCCUUCUGAUGUGUUCAUUAUUAAUCUUAUAAAUUCAUACAUUAUAAAUUUAUUACUUCUACUCCUUGCAAAGGUACCCAUUUGUCACUCCUACCACUCCUAGAUCCACAAAGACACAUUACCUUGUGACCUUCUCUCCAUCAACACUCUCAAAGCAAAUCUCACAUCUGUAUUGCUUUCACAAAUCUUCAUGGUAUGGCUCAUUAUCUUUAUCCCUGUGUAAUUACUAAAACUGUACAAAUCAACCCUGUUCUUGAAAAUCUGCACCAGUACAUUUGUUCUCCAUUUCUCAGGCAUUAUCUGACUCUCUAAGAUUUAAAACUCCUGGAUGUUUCCAUACGUCCACAAAGUAUGUCAUCUGGAUAAGUAAAUUAAAUAAGUUAAACGUAUAACAGAAACAUACUGAGCCCCAUCAAAAAAAAAACAAAAAAAACAAGAUCCCUGAAAUGUUAUGCAACUGCUCAGUCAAAUCUCCUUCUUGCAGUUCACUCAGAGUCCUGCAGAGGGAGUCGCAGGGCCCAUCAGUACAAAACCAGGCGGCAGCGGCUCAGCAGCAGCAGCAAGUGCAGUGCAGAGGAGCUGGAAGAAGUAGACUGUGUGCUGCUGUCGUGAGGAAACACUGCACAGAUGAAGGGACCGUCGCGGAUAGCUGUCGCAUAUUCCUCCGUUUGAUUACUGUUACACAUCAAACGACCCGAUCCUCUUUCCCUCCACCGGGAUCGCGCCGUCGCUGUGGGUCUUUCAUUCGGAGGGGCUUGCCUGUUUUUUCCUCCGGGAGGCUGAAUGGAAGCAGCAGCCGAGGGAGCGGUCGGGCUGUCGGAGGCCAGGGAAGGGAGCCCGCUGUCCGGGGCCGCAGCAUCCGAUGAUGGGGACACGGUUGUGGGAGUUAGCUACGGGAUGGACGCCGCAGACAUGGAUGCAGCUGCUAAGAAAGCCUUCAUCACAGAGAUGGCCUCAUCCUCAGGCCAGCCUGGUCAAGGAAAGAAGAUUGGACACAGAGGGGUGGACGCAUCAGGGGAGACUACUUAUAAGAAGACCACAUCAUCAGCCUUGAAAGGUGCCAUCCAGCUGGGCAUCGGUUACACAGUGGGUAACCUGAGCUCCAAGCCUGAAAGAGAUGUGUUAAUGCAGGACUUUUACGUGGUGGAGAGCAUCUUUUUCCCCAGUGAAGGGAGCAACCUUACUCCAGCCCAUCAUUUCCCGGAUUUCCGCUUUAAAACGUACGCUCCUGUGGCCUUCCGCUACUUCAGAGAACUGUUUGGCAUCAGGCCGGAUGACUACCUGUACUCCCUGUGCAACGAGCCUCUGAUCGAGCUGUCCAAUCCUGGAGCGAGUGGCUCAGUCUUCUAUCUUACAAAGGACGAUGAGUUCAUCAUCAAGACUGUGAUGCACAAGGAGGCUGAAUUCUUACAGAAGCUGCUGCCUGGAUACUACAUGAACUUGAAUCAGAACCCUCGCACUUUGCUGCCCAAGUUUUUCGGCCUCUACUGUGUCCAGUCAGGUGGCAAGAACAUCCGUGUGGUUGUUAUGAACAAUGUCCUCCCCCGCGUGGUGCGCAUGCACCUCAAGUACGACCUGAAGGGCUCCACCUACAAGAGGCGAGCGUCCAAGAAGGAGAGGGAGAAGGCCAGGCCCACCUUCAAAGACCUGGACUUCAUGCAAGACUUGCAGGAUGGCCUGAUGAUGGACCAGGACACUUGCAAUGCCCUGACCAAGACCCUGCAGAGAGACUGCCUGGUGCUGGAAAGCUUUAAGAUCAUGGACUACAGCCUGCUGCUUGGGGUCCACAACAUCGACCAAGCGGAGAGGGAGAGGCAGAUGGAGGGCUCCCAGGGUGACAGCGAUGAGAAAAGGCCCGUGGCCCAGCAGAAGGCUCUGUACUCCACAGCCAUGGAGUCCAUCCAGGGGGGAGCUGCCUGCGGAGGGUCUAUUGACACAGACGACACGAUGGGCGGUAUCCCCGCCGUUAGCGGAAAAGGAGAAAGGCUUCUUCUCUUCAUCGGAAUCAUCGACAUCUUGCAGUCUUACAGGUUAAUCAAGAAGCUGGAACACACGUGGAAGGCUUUGGUUCAUGAUGGGGACACUGUAUCGGUCCACCGGCCAGGAUUCUAUGCCGACAGAUUCUUGAAGUUCAUGAGCACCACAGUUUUCAAGAAGAGCUCCUCUUUGAAGUCCUCUCCGUCAAAGAAGGGUCGUGUGUCCUUGACGGUGCCCAAGUGUGGUGGUCCUGGUGCAGCUUGGUCAGCCAGCCAGCUGACCUCUGAGAGAGACGAGAAUAUCUACGACCUGAGAGGAGCUCGCAGCUUCCCAACGCUGGAGGACGAGGGGAGACCAGAUCUUCUUCCAUGUACUCCUCCAUCAUUCGAGGAGGCCACUACAGCAUCAAUUGCCACUACGCUCUCCUCCACCACCUCUUUGUCCAUUCCUGAGAGAUCUCCCUCUGACACGGCCGAACACCCCCGCUAUAGGAGGCACACCCAGUCGCUUAGCCAUGAUGGGAGGACCCAGGAGGAGCUGCGUGUGCGUGAGGAGGAUCAGCAGACCAUCACAGUGGAGGUGGAGCUGAAGAGACACGACAGUGAGCCCACCAUCUCUGUUCCUCAGUCCUCACCUGAAAUCAGUGACGUUCAGGAAGUAGCCGGCGCAGACGCUCUAGACGGUGCCGCAGCAGAACCUUCAGGCUCUUCGUCAGCACCUGAAGCUGCCUCCUCCGCAUCCUCAUCUGCCCUAGCUGCUUCCUCCUCCCCGGGGCCACCCGAAGAGGCCACAUACAGCCCAAAGGAGGCGGUGGCGGUGGAAGCAGACAGGGCCAGCCAGGUGUCCGGUUCAGGGUGCACCAGUCAGGCUUCGGUUGAUGACGACGACGAUGUGCCAAUCACAGAUAUCUACUUUUUUCCUGAUGGGAGGACCUGGGUGGUCUCUCCUUUCCGACAAAGGAGGAAAUGCCAGUCUGGUCAGCCACCUCCAGAGGACAGGACCUGGGUGUACUCUCCGCUACACUAUGGCUCAGAGUCUAAGGCCCUGCCAGAUGGGGAUUGGGAAAGAGAGACAUAAAUCCUGUUUUCUGGCAGACAGGAGUGAACGUCUCAGCGGAGAGGACUCAUCAGUCUGAAGUCCAGACCUCAGUGGCAGCAGCGCGAUCUCUGUCUGAACCAGGAUUUAAAAACAUGCAUACAGAAACACACUGAGAGGGAAAAGUGACUGUACCAGAGUACCAGAGGGAGAAAAAACCCUGACAGUGAUGAUAUCACUGGUUUGCAACCAUCCCUGCCUUUCACCCUUUGACAAAUGAAAUUUAUUACAUCAGUUUAAUAAAUAAUUGUAUGUGUGACAUAGUGCGCAUAAGGCUGUAUGUAGUCUUGUAUGUUUGACACACCCAAAAGACCACGAUAACCUACUUUUUGUUCUGUUUCACACUAACACAGCCCUCCAACCGACUCUUUCCCGACGAAUCUCUGAAAGUCAUUUUUAUUCGUGAUAUCCUUUAUGUUGCAAAGCGGUCACACAUACUAGCCAGCAGACAUCUCCUGGGUUCUGUGAUCAAACAAAACCACAAGAAGCUCAUUAAAACAUUGAUCCAUGACACAAAUACGGGUUAAAAAAAUGCUAAAUUGAGUGGAUGCUCCUUAUAGAAAUUUACCUGUAAGUUUUAAAGUAUUAAAGUUUUCCAUUUUUAAGCAACUGUUCAUCUUUUGUAGCGAGGCAUUAAUGAAGCUAUAUUAAUGCUACUACUGCCUUCGGUUCUCAAUAAAGAAAAUGAAUGGCACAUCCAAAACUAGGAGCAUAUAAAGUAGUUUCUCCCAGUAAGGAAACCUAAUUUGAAGAAAAAUGAAAUUAAAAUCGUUAAUCUCAAAAUUAUCUCCAGUGCAGUUACCUUAGACUGGAACAUAUCAGUCAUCCUGUGACUGCACUGGCUGCUGUGUUUCCAACCAGUUCGAAGGAAAUCUCCAGCUCAGUGGUUGUAAUUGCUGCCAGUAUGGUGCCCAUUUCCACUAUGCCGCUGCUGUUGAAGUUAAUUAGCUGUGUCUGCUUUUCCAUGAUAAUCUUACCAGAGGUCAUCAUCACAAAAUUCAGAACAGUUUGAUGCUAAAAGAUUUUUGCAAAACCAAGUGUGCAAAGUACGUCUUACUAGGCAGCCACCAUAGCCUAACAUAACUCGGAUAAAUAGAGCUUUUUCUUCUUUUUUCCCCCUGAGUCAGUGGAUUACUCUUCUGUAUCCCGUGAUGUUGGAGGGCUCUGUGCUCGCAGUACAGGAGUUGCAGUGAAAACCACUUUAAGCCAAUCAAAGCAGAACAUCCAGAUAUCUCUGUCAUCCUUUAAAGUAGUGAAAAUAUGCAGUUUAACUUUAAAAAAGGCAAAAACAUAUUCAUCUACAGCAUUAUUAAAACUUAAGUCCUGUUGUUAUAUUUUCAUUUCUAAACUUUUCUUCAGCUGUUUUUACUACUGUGAACUUUUAUUUAUUUGUCUGUUUGUAUUUGAUUGUAAUAUUCACGACUGGUACUUUUCACUCAUUUUUUUUUUUUUUUAAAUCUAUUUGCAUCCAAAGACUUUUAGUUUUUGUUUUGCUCAUUUUCUUCACUGCGGUAUUUUGUUCUCUUUUUCAUGUGUUGUCUAAUUCAGUGUUGUUUUCCACUACACCACAUGUUGUUCCAAUAUCUGAGGGUGAUGACUCUUGCCUUCAAAAUAGAAGGCGUCAAUUACAACACUAAGGCAGCAGACAUUGUCAUUAGAGUAAUUUUCAUGUCUACACAAUGUCUUCCAGUGUUGCCCUGCUUUCGGAUCGACGCACAGGGAUCAUUUGUAACAGUAGAAUCGGCAUAUCUUUUUCUACAUCACCUCCUCACGUCAAGAAAUCGGGGAUUCUUUCCAAUGUUUGUAGAUGUAGAGCACCAGUUGUAGUGUUUGCGGUCGAUAUCGUAGCUGUUACCUGUAUAUUCCAGUGAACGCAGUGCGUGUUGGCUUGGUGAGACACAGCAGUUUGUGAAUGGGUUGAACGUCGUUUGCACUCAUUAAAAGGACCUGAAGACGAACUAGUGGUAGAGGCCAAAUAAACACUCGUCACAUUAUCCAGAAGUCAUAUUUUCGAGUUCUUAGAUAAGAGUCUCUGCUCACACAUGCUGAUAUUUGGACAGUAUUUAUUUUAGGAUUGUGUGUUUGUGUGUGUGUGUGUGUGCACAUGUGUCUGUGACAUCAAUCACAGUCAUUGUACAUUUAGUGUUUACUGUAGUCUCUCUGUGGCUGACAUCUUAAAGACUUAAAGAUUUGGAGGUUUUUGGGUUUUUUAAACUAACUACAGGCAGUUUCUUCGGUUCGUUGGUACCUUUUUACGUGUGUUUGUGUGUAAGGGAGGUUACAUCAAUGUCAGGUGUUGUAAAAUAAGAAUCGGUUUGUUCUCAUGACGUGCAGUGGCCAGUUGUAAUCAGUUUGCUGUUGUUCAUCAGAUGAAGACCAUAGCAGCAAUAUUUUGUACAGUUUAGCUUUUACGUUAAUUGCCUUAUUAGGAAAUUUUACAUAUAGGUCUGUUGUUUAUAUUUUUUUCCACUUGUGCUGUAAUAUUUAUUUUUCUUUCUCAUAGUUGUGCUCCUGAGAAUGUGUACAUAAAACUAUAAAUACAUAUAUAAAGAUAUACAAAUAUAUUUUCCAUUUGAAUCGGGAAAAUAUUAUUUUUGUUUGGUUUCAUUUUUGCUGCUGGGCAAGAAAUGAUUGCAAUCUACAUGAUUUUACUGUACCAUAUUCUUCAGUGUGUUUAUUGAGAUGCAGCUGCUGUAUAUUUAUGGUUUGCAAACCACGGCUGUGUCUUUGUAUGAUAUCCAAAACCGAAAGAUUUGUGGGGUUUAAUGUACAUGCAGAUCAAUAGGGAUUCUUCCAACUGUUCAGCUGUGUUGUGUGUGUUUUCAAAUCCCUGUGUGCCCUCAUCCAAUAGGAAGAGUCCUUUACAGAGACAUAGCAUGAUAUCAAAAUGAAUAUGCAUAUCAGAAAUGUGUAUUUAUGUAUAUCUGUGUAAAUUCAUCUAUUUAUACAUGAGGAUAAAUAGAUGACUGUGUGUGCGUGUGUUUGGACUCAAUCAGAAUGAAUACGAAAUAAAGCAGUUCUAUGAAUUGUUGUCCAUGGAGA